AUGAAUGGAUCAUUUUUCAGCCAGACUCUCCUGGAGCAGGGAUCUCAUCCCAACAGGACCCAAGGUUUGGGGAUGCUCAUGGCCUGCUGCAACGGGACCAGCUCGGUGCUGGCGACCGACGGUGGCUCCUCAGUCUUGGCAUCCGACGAGAGGAGCCUUUACAUCACUCGGGUGGUGCAGAUCGCCAUCCUCUGUGUCCUCUCCUUGACUGUGAUGUUUGGCAUCUUCUUUUUGGGUUGCAACUUGCUCAUCAAGUCAGAGAGCAUGAUUAACUUUCUGGUGAAGGACCGAAGACCUUCCAAGGAUGUGGGAGCUGCAAUCAUGGGACUUUACUGA